AUGCUUGACGUGUUCAACAAGUACGAAGAUGCCGAAAUCUACGAAGCUCUCCGACGCGAACAUCUAAUCCCUUUGGCUGAUACCCUCGCUGAGGACAGCGAGAUGGUGAACACGAACGUCUUCCGGAACCUCGAGUCGCCCGUCUCCGAGGGUGGAGAGAAUUUCUCUACCGACGAGAAGCAGUUGCUGUGCAUGGCACGGGCUAUUCUCAAAUACUCAAAGGCAUUCCUGAUGGACGAGGGCUACGGCGAGUGUCGACUACGCUACGGACGAACUUAUUGGCAAGACAAUCAGACACGGCCCGGGGAAUGUCUAUCCAGACAACACACAAUUGACUGUCGAUUAUUCCAGUGUCGACUACACUACCGACGAACUUAUUGGCAAGACAAUCAGACACGAAUUUGCCGAGAGCACCAUCCUCACGAUCGCACACCGGUUGCGCACGGUCAUCGACUACGACAGAAUUAUGCUUCUAGAGGAAGGGCGGAUCGUAGAGUUUGA